AUCAUUUUACCGAUGGUAAAGGCACAAUAUGGCGAGGUUGGACAAAUAAAUUUGCUAGACAUCAGAUUUUGUGACGUGGACAAUCCGAACGCCAAAAAUGUGUUGGAAACUGAAGUCGAACUGAAAGAAGUGGAUGGACGAAGAGUAAUGAACUCCAAAGUCAACCUCAAGACCCAAUUCGACGAAUCGUUUAACUUCAAAGUACACAUAGAAAACACUGAUGGGAUGAAAUUCGAUUUGGCCGGUGUGCUUUGCACAGAUAUUUUCGAUUACUUGCCCGAAGCUUGGGAAAUAAUCAGCGAGACUUUGAAGAUUGGCAAGAAUUGUCCAAUUCCUCCGGGUGAAUAUGAACUGAACAAUUUCCACAUAUUCUCCAACGAAACUGGUCUGCCUUUUGUCAUGUACGGAAUGCUGAACAUCCAAGCUUUGCUUUACCAAAACGAGGAGUUGGUGUCUUGCACAGAAUUCGACAUAGAAUCCCUGAAAGAAUGAACCCCGAAAAUAAACCAAAUCAGCUCGUAAACAAUUACAUUCAUUGCCAAUGUUGCCCAAUAAAUUACCGGCAAGUGCAUCAUAAAAUAAACGUCUGUAUUAAUUGCCCAGUUCAUAAAUAAAACACUCGCAGAGCGAUAAGUGUAUAAAAUGGAGGCGACAUUAUUAUUGUCGUACCGUAAAUCAAUAUAAUCAUAUAAUUUUUUAUGGGUCUUAAAUUAGAGCGCCACUUAACAUCGCCGCAAUUUCGAUUGCUUGCACGAUCAUGCGAUGUAUCGUGUCGGAAUCGACAAUUUAAUUUGGCGUACGGUUGUUGAACAAAUUAAUUAAUUUAUAUGGAUCGUAAAGUUGAAUUUUAGGUUUCAUAAAAGUGGCGCGCGACAAACACGAUCCCGGAACCCGAGAUGAUUUUUGCCAUUGCAGUGCACUAAAACUCAGAACGAAAGGAUGACGACCACGAUUAAAGUGGACGGGGUUUUAUUGAGAUUGAGUCGAUUUAUGACGGAUGGGAUGUUGUUUUUAUGCGGACACUAUUUUUGGGAAAUUACAUUUUCGUUGCCAAAAGAGUCAAUUAAAUGAAGAAUUUACUGUACAUAUUUUUAAUUGGAUAUACGUUGUUGGAUAUUUUAAUAUCUUUGUGUUAAUAUGAGAUUUAUGUUUUAUAAAAAGUCUUAUUU